AAAUUUUAAGGGUUUAUCUCCAGUGAAAGAACCAAAACGAAGAAAUCAUUUGAAGGAGAACGGAAAUUUUGAAACAAUAUCUCCUGAAAAGAAGUAUAAUAAAACAGAUGAUCCUUUAAAAUUAGAAGCAGAGAUGGAAUCAAAAGGCUCAAACCAGCCUAAAAAGAAACUUACUCCUUGGAGACAUCAAAGGCUUGGGAAGGUGAAUUCUGAAUAUAGAGCAAAAUUUCUGAGCCCAGCCCAGUAUUUAUAUAAAGCUGGGACUUGGACACGUGUGAAGGAAAACAUACCAAAUCAGGGUUCUCUAAAUGCCAUGUGGUAUGCGGAGGUUAAAGAACUCCGAGAGAAGGCUGAGUUUUAUAGGAAACGAGUUCAGGGAACUCAUUUUUCUCGGGACCAUCUGAAUCAGAUUCUGUCUGAAAACAACCACUGUUGGGAUGUCUCCUCGACCACGAGCUCAGAAGGAACCAUUAGUAGCAACAUUAGAGCACUAGAUCUUGCUGGAGAUCCUACAAGCCAUAAGACUUUGCAGAAAUGUCCUUCUACAAAACUAGAAGAAAAAAGACCUAUCUUGGAAGAACAGCCCCAGAAAACUACCACAGAGAAAUUGGGUGUGUCAGAUGCUCCCAUACCUGUUAGAAGGCGUCUGGCUUGGGAUGCAGAGAACACCACUGAAGACACACAGAAACAGCCAAGAGAGGAGGAGGAAGAGGAGGAAAGGGACAAGCAGGUUAAUGUGGGAGAACUAGAGAAGUUGGAAGUACAGGAAAAAUCUAAAGCAGACAAGAUAAAAGAAGGGUCGGAGUCGUCUUCUGUGUCCUCAGGAAAAGGAGGCAGGCUUCCUACUCCGAAGCUAAGAGAACUUGGUGGAAUCCGGAGGACUCAUCACGAUCUUACCACUCCAGCUGUUGGUGGUGCUGUUUUAGUGUCUCCAUCUAAAGUGAAGCCUUCAGUUGCAGAACAGAGAAAAAGAAUGUCCUCUCAGGAUGGCUUAGAAACUUUGAAGAAUGAUUUUAGGAAGAAAGAAAGUCGUGCUAUAUCCCUCCUGACUUCUCCAGCUGCUGGUCUAAAAACAAUUGAUCCCUUGCCUUUGAGGGAAGAUUCUGAACCGAAUAUCCCCAAAUUUGCUGAGACAACUCUUCCAGUUUCAAAAAUUCCAGAAAAUCCAACUAACACACCCGGGCAGUCUCCAUCUCCACCCUGUGCCCCAUCCUACUGGCAUCCUUCUCGUCGAAUUCAGGGCUCCCUGAGAGAUCCAGAAUUUCAGCAUAAUGUGGGAAAAUCAAGGAUGAACAAUUUCCAGUUACCUCAGCAAGAAGCCUUUAAUGAUGAAGAUGAGGACAGAUUAUCUGAGAUUUCUGCUCGCUCUGCAGCUUCUAGUCUCCGGGCUUUUCAAACUCUGGCACGAGCUCAGAGAAGGAAGGAGAAUUUCUGGGGCAAAACAUAAUUAGACAUACAUCUAGUUAAGUUGCUUUUAUCUAGGGGAACCACUGGCAUAAUUUUUCUUUAUUGCUUUACUGUGUUAAGACUGC